CUGGGCCAGCCUGACUAACCAGCUCCUCCAGCACCCAGGGCUGGAGCAGGAGUGCACUGAGGCAGAAGACUGAAGCACAGGCGGGAGAUGAGGCUCCCCCGAAGGCAGCCUGGGCCUUGGCUGCUGCUCCCGGUGGUGGUGCUGGCCUGGCCUCUGCCCUGCAUGGGCCUGGCCCCUGAGCUGGUCCCCUACAUACCACAGAUAACAGCCCAAGACCUGGGCGGAAGGGUCACUGCCAGCACUUUCUCCCUGGAGCAGCCGCGCUGUGUCUUCAAGCAGGCCGGGACCACCGACACCAUCUUGCUGGUGGUGGCCUACAGCAAUGCCUCCGUGGACCUGCAAACCCCAAAGACAGUUAUGCGUGGCCUGGCUGCCCCCCAGCUGCAAACCCAUAGCUACUACCUGACGAUGCCCAUGGCCCCGGAGCAUCUGCACUGUGAGGCACCUCAGGGCGGUGGCCGCCGCAUCCAGGUCCUGCGGGUGGGCAAUGACCCCCACUGCUCUGAGGAUCCCCAGCUGUCGUCUUACUGCAAUGCUCCCCUCCCCAGCCCAGGACCUUACAGAGUCAAGUUCCUCCUGGUGGAUGCCUUGGACACCCUUCGGGCCGAGACGAUGUGGUCUGACCCCAUCACCCUCACUCGAGGCCGGGCCCCAGGCUCCAUCGACACCUGGCCUGGGCGCCGCAGCGGAGGCAUGAUCAUCAUAACUGCUGUGCUGUCCACCCUGGCUGGCCUCCUGCUCCUGGCCUUCCUGGCUGCCUCCACCAUGCGCUUCUCCAGUCUGUGGUGGCCUGAGGAGGUCCCAGAGCAGUUGCGAAUUGGCUCGUUCAUGGGGAAGCGUUACAUCACUCACCACAUCCCGCCCAGUGUGGCCUCCAUGUUGGGGGACCCCCUCCCCAGCCUCAGCCCCUAGUCUGGAGCAGGGAAGAGGGGAAGAGGGCAUCCACCACUCCCGAGUCAGGUGCCUUGCCAGAAGUUCCUGGGCCUCGGGCAGGCUAUAGGGGCCUUGCUCUGCCUUGGAACCCCACAUCACCCGGGAGGAACCGCGCACCCCAACUCGGUCCUCCCGCAGUGGUUCUCAGACCGACCACACGAGGGUGCUGGUGUUGCUGCA